AUGUCAAAUUCUAACACAACUGACUUCACCAACCCCUCCACCUUCAUCUUGCUGGGCAUUCCUGGCCUGGAGGCAGCCCAUGUCUCGAUCUCCAUCCCCUUCUGUGCCAUAUACAUCAUAGCCGUCUUGGCAAACUUCACCAUCCUUAUCAUUGUGAAGAUGGACCUGAGCCUCCAUGAGCCCAUGUACUAUUUCCUCUGCAUGCUGGCCGUUGCCGACCUGGGCCUGUCAACAUCCACCCUGCCCAAAAUGCUGAGCAUCUUCUGGUUCAAUUCCAGGGAGAUCAAUUUCAGUGCCUGCCUCACCCAAAUGUAUUUCAUUCACUGCAUCUCAGUGAUGGAGUCUGGGAUCUUCGUGGCCAUGGCUUUGGAUCGCUACGUGGCCAUCUGCGAUCCCCUGAGACAUUCCAGCAUCCUGACAAGCCCCGUGGUGGCCAAGAUCGGCCUGGCUGUGGUGCUGCGUGGCGGCAUGCUCGUACUGCCCUAUCCCUUCCUCGUGAGGCGCUGGCCAUAUUGCAGAACUAACAUCAUUCCCCACACGUACUGCGAGCAUAUGGCUGUGGUAAAUCUGGCCUGCGCUGACAUCAGUGUCAGUAGUUACUAUGGCCUCUUUCUGGCAUUCUUUCUAUCCAGUCUGGAUGUAUUUUUUCUUGCCUUGUCCUAUAUCCAGAUCCUCAGGGCCAUCUUUAGCCUCCCCACAAAGGACGCCCGGCUCAAGACUUUUGGGACCUGUGUCUCCCACAUCUGUGUCAUUUUAGCCUCUUACAUCCCAGCUCUCUUCUCCUUCCUCACUCACCGGUUUGGCCACAAUGUGCCCCUGCAUUUCCACAUUCUCAUUGCCAACAUGUACCUUCUGGUGCCCCCCAUGCUAAACCCCAUCAUCUAUGGGGUGAGGACCAAACAGAUCCGGGACAGGCUGCUCCGCCUCUUUGCUCAUAAAGGGACCUAA